AUGCCGGCCCUCGAUUGCCACACCGACUGCAUAGUACAGCGCCUGUCGCACGCGCUCGGGGCCCUCGGCGCCUCCGUGGGCAGCCACCCGUGGCCCUUCCUGCUGCUGCCCGUGGUGAUCUCGUGCGUCCUGAGCCCCGGUUUCCAGUUCCUGGGCGAGCAGGAGUCCAACGAUCUCGAGACCCAGUACACGCCUAUCCGGGGGCCCGCCAAGGGCGAGCGGCGCUUCGUCCAGGCGCAUUUCCCGACGGACGAUGCCAGGCGCUUCUCUUCCCAGAGACUGAUCAGACAGGGCAGUUAUGCCACGUUCAUAGCCGAAGCCACCGGAGACAGUGACUCGCUCCUCACCAAGGCGGCAUUCGCCGAGCUGCUGGCGCUGGACGCGGCGGUGCGGGGCCUCACUGCUACCGGGCCCAACGCCACCGAGCUCUCGUACGACAAGCUUUGCGCGCGCAACGACGGCACUUGCUGGAGCCCCAACCCGCUAUUCCUCCUCUUGCAGGGCGACCCGGCACGAAUAGAGGCGCUGCUCCCUACCCUCACUUUCCCGCUCUUCCAAGACCGCGUCUUCCUGGGCUUCUUCCUAGGGGGCGUCACGCUGGGGCCUGGAGCUGGGCCGAAGCGCCCCGUCCGGGCCGCCAAAGCGAUGCGCCUCAUCUAUUUCUUGCAGGAGGAUGAAGCGUCGCAAGGAGAGGCCAGCGCGCUCUGGCUGCACGCCUUUCUGGAGCGCAUCCCGGGCAUGUUGGAGUCCUUGAACUUCACGUCGGUCCGGGUGGCCUAUUUUUCUUCAAUAUCCAGACAGACAGAAUUUGAAAAACUUGCCAAGGAUGUGAUGCCAUUGGUGGCUUUCUCAUAUAUAUUAACAAUAGCCUUUUCAAUUUUAUCAUGUGCAAGGCUAGACUGUGUACGAACAAAAGUAUGGGUUGCAAUUUGUGGGGUGAUAUCCUCAGGCUUAUCUAUAAUCAGCAGUUUUGGAUUAUUGCUGUUCUGUGGGGUGCCCUUUGUUAUCACAGCUGCAAAUUCACCAUUUCUUAUUCUUGGAAUUGGUAUUGAUGACAUGUUCAUCCUGGUAUCCAGCUGGCAACAUACAAAAGUGAAGAACAAAAUUGAAGAUCGGAUGAGUGAAACCUAUGCAGAGGCAGCCGUCUCAGUAACUAUCACAACACUUACUGAUGUAUUAGUCUUCUACAUUGGAAUUGCAACUUCCUUCCCUUCUGUUAAGUCAUUUUGCAUCUAUACAGGAACAGCCUUCAUCUUCUGCUACUUAUACAACCUGACAUUCCUUGGGGCUAUUCUUGCUCUGAAUGGGAAAAGAGAAGAAAGCAACAGACAUUGGCUCACUUUCAUGAAAGUGCCAGAUGUGCCUCAGGAUUCUCAAGGUUCUAUAUAUAAUAGGUGCUGUGUAGGAGGAUAUUACGAUGAGUCUACUGGAGAAGAGCUUGAACAUACCAUGGAUACUUUCUUUAAAAGGUAUUAUGGUCCCUUCCUUAUGCAGACAUGGACCAAGGUGUUUGUGGUACUUGUGUAUCUCAUGUAUCUGGGUGGUAGUAUUUAUGGUACUAUUCGAAUUAAAGAAGGUAUAGACCUUCGAAAUGUAGCUGUGGAUACUUCUUAUAUCGUUCCAUAUUAUGACCUCGAAGAUCAAUAUCUUUCUGAGUAUGGUCCAAGAGUUAUGGUAAUUGUUACUGAAAGUGUAGCAUAUUGGAAUUCAUCAGUUCGUGCAGAUAUUGAGAACUGUAUGGAUACAUUAGAAAGCUCAUCCUAUAUAAUGAAAAAUUUCUCAGAGUCAUGGUUGAGAAAUUAUGAAGCUUUUGGGAAACACAUGUCUCUAAAUAUAGAUGACCAUGGCGUAUUUAUGGGAAAUCUAGCUAACCUGUUUGUGCUAAAUCCAUACUAUGAGUUAGAUCUUUAUUAUAAUUCUACAUCAAUAGCAUCCUCACGGUUUUUCAUACAGACAGUCAAUGUUACUACUGGCGUGGAUGAGAAAAACCUCUUAAAACAAUUGAGAGGCCUUGCUGAAGAUUGCAAGAUACCACUAAUGGUUUAUCAUCCAGCUUUUGUAUUUUUUGAUCAGUUCCUUGUGAUAGUUGAUAACACUGUUCAAAAUGUAGUGAUUGCUUCUGCAGUUAUGUUAGUUAUUUCCUUGCUGCUCAUUCCUAACCCACUCUGCUCUUUGUGGGUAACUUUUGCUAUUUUGUCUGUUGUUGUUGGUGUGUCUGGUUACAUGGCCUUUUGGGGCAUCCGUCUUGACUCCAUAUCCAUGAUCAACCUUGUUAUUUGCAUAGGGUUUUCAGUAGACUACUCUGCUCACAUUUCUUAUGCCUUUAUUUCCAGUGAAGAAUCCAAAGUGAACAAGAAGGCAGUGGAUGCUCUAUAUCGCCUUGGUUUUCCUGUUGUGCAGGGUGCCCUUUCCACCCUUGUGGGAAUUUCUGUGCUGUCAAUGGCAUCCACGUAUGCCUUUAGAACCUGUUUUAAGAUCAUGUUUCUGGUGAUCAUGUUUGGGGCAGCCCAUGGUCUCAUUUUUAUUCCUGUGUUUUUAACAUUCUUUGACUUUUGUAAUUGA